GUGAUUUUACUCUGCUACCAUCACCUCCGGAAACGGUGGUACUUCAUGUCGGCAAACGUUCCUUGUACAAGAAGCUGGCCAUUGCUAGGUGAUCUGCAAUACGCCAUGAGAUACGGAGUUCUUGAAAACGACAUCCGUUCAAUACGUCAACACGGUCCCGUCCACGGCAGCUUCAUCGGUACGUUACCAAACCUUGUUAUCGCAGACCCAAAGUUCAUCCGAGAGGUAUUGGUUCGGCAGUUUGACAAGUUUCCACAGCGUAUGCAGGUGCUGUAUAUAUCCGAUUGGUGGAACAACAGCGUAGUCAUGUCAAGCGGACAUCACUGGCGUUAUAUGAGGGCAGUCAUCUCACCAGCCUUCAACUCGACAAAACUAAGGGAGAUGCAUAUCCGUAUGACCUCGUGCCUUCUGGAAAUGGACAGCUUUUUAAGCGAGAAAUGUGAACUCUCACAAAUGUACGAAGUAAACAUGAGAACUUUCUUCAGCGCGCUUACGCUCGAUAUUCUAUGCAAUACUUCAUUCGGUCAAAACACAAAUACGCUACGUCAUUCAGAUUGCGAUUUUACAAGACAUGCAAAGAUUGUAAGCACAUUGAACAUCGAAUCAAAUGUUCUUAACGGUCUACCAAUGAUAAUACCCGUUAUGAAGAGGUUGUUUCGAUUGCUUGAUCUUGAUUACGUUGACAAGCACUCUUUGAAGUACAUUAAAAACGUAGUUGGACAAAUGAUAGAUCAGCGGCGAUCCACAGAUGGUACAAACACAGUCAAGGACACAUUACAGAACCUCAUGGAUGCAAACAACAAUAACUUAGAACAUGAUGAACAUUUUGAAAAUGAUAAUUUGAAGGAAUAUUGCUUAAGAAAGAGAAUAGGACUAAAUAACGAUGAGCUGAUCGCUAAUGCCAUUGUGGUGUUAAUGGCAGGGUAUGACACUACAGCGACAACACUGACAUGGAUGGCUUAUCUUCUUGCUACUAACGAAGACGUUCAGGAAAAACUAAUACAAUCAAUCGAUGAGCGCGUCGUGAAUGGGGACAUUGACUAUGAUACCGUUAUGAAAAUGGAAUAUAUUGACUGGUUUUUGAGUGAAACUUUGAGAUUAUACCCUGCAGCGAACAGAACUGGCAGGGAUGCAAAUGAAGAGACAAAUGUAUGUGGUGUUCGCAUCCACAAGGGCAUGUCAAUAACUGUGCCAAUAUACGCCAUACACAGGAUGCCUGAAUAUUGGGACAUGCCAGACGAAUGUGUUCCAGAAAGAUUCGCUCCUGAAAAUAUCCACCGCAUCAAACCUUACACAUAUUUGCCCUUCGGCGUUGGGCCAAGGGCUUGUCUGGGCAUCAAAAUGGCUCAGAUGCUGUGUAAAGUGAUUAUUGUGCAUAUUUUGAGAUCUUACACACUCCAUGUGUGUUCAAAGACUGAGAUAAAUCCUAAAUUAGAGACAAGCCUUUUGACAAAACCAGUGAAUGGAGUGAUUUUAACAAUCAGACCUAGAAAAAGAACUGAAUAGAAACAGAGAAGUUGUUUUAGUGAAUUCAUUUGAGUCAUUUAAAUACAUAUUAUUCUAUAUUUCGUAAGACGUUUAUA